AUGUUUUCAUUUGGCCUUAAAAAAAAAAAAAAGGAGGAGGAGCAAUCCGUCGAGGAAAAACCUAAUGAGGAGAAUAAAAGCCCCGUAGAGGAGAAGAAUGACAAUAAGGAACCCACCGAUGAUGAUAAAGCCAAGGAAGAAGCGGAAAAUGAGGAAAAACAGGUAGAGAGUAAAGGCAGAAAUAGGAGGACAAGGAAAACUGUUAGGAAAACAAAGAAGGGGCAGAAGGAAGAGGAGGAAGUAAAAGAAGAAGUAAAGGAGGAAGUAAAAGAAGAAGUGAAAGAAGAAGUAAAGGAAGAAGAAGAGGAAGAGAAGGAAGAGGAAGAUAAAAAAGGAAAAAAGGGUAAGAAAGAGCCGAAGGGUAAAAGGGGCAGCGCCAGGAAGGGCAAAAAGGUGGCCGCCGAUGAGAAAGAAGAAGAAGACAAGAAGGACGAGGCGAAUGAGGUAAACGAGGCGAACGAGGUAAACGAGGCGAACGAAGAAGCGGAGAAUGAAGAACGGAAGAAGGAAUUGAAGGCUGAAGAGGAAUUGAAGGAUAAGGACGCCAAAGCAAGCGCACUAACGCUGGAAAUUCUGGGAGAUAUUCCUGAUGCUGAUUUAAAGCCUCCAGAAAAUGUUCUAUUCGUUUGUAAGCUCAAUCCGGUAACGGAAGAAGAAGAUUUAAAAACAAUUUUCGCGAGAUUCGGACCGAUUACAUCGUGUAACAUUGUAAAGGAUAAGGUAACGAACAACUCUCUACAGUACGCCUUUGUUGAAUUUGAAAAGAAAGAAGAUUGUCUUAAUGCCUACUUCGAAAUGGAUAACGUCAUAAUUGACGACAGAAGAAUACACGUGGAUUUCUGCCAGUCGUUAGCGAAAUAUAAGGGAGAAAUAAAAAACUGGAAAAUCGAAAAUGAGGCUGUCCUGGAAAAUAUUAAAAAAAGGAAAUUGGACCAAGAGGACACCAGAAGGAAGAGGGGAGGUAAGGGAACUGCCAACAGAAUUACCAACGGAGAACUGAACGAAGAGGAGGAAGAAGAAAACGUUCGAGUCUUUAAAUACGAAAGUGAUAACAGCAAAAAGGAACAUGAAAAUAAUUCCGAUAACGAGGAAAAAAAAGAUGAUCCAAAUGACAGCGCGGAGAACAAUGCUGAAGAAAGUGCCAAGUACAAAUACACUAACGACAAAAGGUACAACCCUUCUAAAUAUUACAAAGACAAUUAUAAUAACUAUUCCAGUCAAUACCCCUACAGAAGGUAUUCUUACAAAUACAGAUAUAAUAAUAAUUACAAUGCCCCCUACGGGAAGAACUUUUUCUAUCGCAAAAAUUAUAACAACAAUUUCUAUGAUAAGUAUAACUAUUAUGAUAAAGUAAGAAAAAAUGGCAUGUUCAACAAACGGAAUUAUUCUCCAAGAGAUGGUGUAGGCCACCGAAAUGACGACUACUCCAGUCGGUACAGAAGACAACGUAGUUACUCCUCGGACCAUUCGCAGAAGAGGAGAUCAGAUAAGGAAUAUGCUAGAAAGAGUGAAAAUAGAAAAUACGCAAGUAAAUCGAUGGAAAAAUCUCCAAAAAGAGGCGAGCAUGAUAAGUAUCGUUACCCAAGGGAUGGUCAUAGGGAAAGAGGAUACUCGAAUGAUAAAAAUGCUGAUGACUCGCUGCUAAGAAGCGGGAAGAAAAUGAAGGAUAGAGGUGCAGCUACAUCGGGAUACGGUGAUUAUGGCCAUUAUAAGAAUGGCGAUGAUGAAGGACAUUCCAAUUAUAAUUAUAAAGUGCAGAGGAAAACGAACAGAUCACGCUCAUAUUCUGUGGGGAUGAACGGUAAGGAAGAAAGCAAGGGAUACUUGAAACGAGAUGGAUAUAACAAUGAUUAUUACUACGAUAAAAAACGAAAAUACGGACAACAGUACGAAAGGGCACCUGGGGAUGACGGUUACACGUAUAAUAAUGGCCAUUCUAAUGGUUCGUACAGUAAAAGGCUGAAAGGGUAUCCAGACGGUGGGGACGAGGAGAGAUAUAAGAAGGUCUAUCCGAAGUAUUCCGACACGUAUGACAAAAAUUUCUACUCAAAGGAUCAGCGAAAAGAUUUUUACGAUGCGGACAAAAAAUCGAGCAAAUACAAAAAUGAUGAGUACGGAAAAUACGACAGAGACGCCUCUUACGAUUACAAGGCAGACAGGAAAAAAUAUGGCGACAAAAACGAGGAUUUAUAUAACAAGCCAAAGUAUAGCAAGUACGACUCGUACGAGCGAGAUGAUGGUAAGAAGUAUAAUAAUGAUGGAAAAGCUUACGGCAAGAGUUACAAGGACGAAAAGAGCUAUGGUAAGUACAAGGAUAGAGCGUACGACCGAGAGGAAGAUGGUGAUCCGCAGAAGAGUUCCAAAUAUUACAGCAAGGAAGACAAAAAGUGGUAUAAAAAAAGGGACGAAAAAGAGAAUAAAUCGAGGCAAAAAGAUGAUUACAAAUAUGAUGACCUAGAUAAAGGAAAACGAGACAAAUCAUAUGAUCGAAAAAACAAAGGGGACGAUAGCAGAGAUCGAGCGAAUGACAAAAAAAGUUACAACUACAAAAGUAAGAAGGGAAAAUAUGGGGACGGAAAAAAAGAUGAUGAUUAUAACACCUCUCUUAAUACAAGGCGAGACAGAAAAAAUAAGGACAGCAAAAAAAGAAGAUCGAAAUCGUACUCCGGUGUAAGUCAUAACAGUUCAGCUAAAUAUGCGUCCAAAGGUAAAAAGCAAAAGAAGGAAAAAUAUUCAUCAAAAGAUAAAAAAAAGGACAAUAGGAAUAAAAAUUAUGAAGAUGAUGACUACGAAAAGUAUGAUAACUCGAUUAGCAACUCGAAAGGUUCCUAUUCAAAUAAGAAGGACAAUAAGAAUAACUCCUACGCCGGCAAAUCCGAAUCUGCUAAUUCAGAUUAUUCAUGA